AUGACCCUUAUCACAUUAGCAUCCUUCUUCCAACAAUCUCAGACUAGAAUUUUUCUUUGUAUAUUUUUUCUUUUUAUUUUUUAUUUUACUGUUCUCUCUCUCUCUCUCCAGCAUUUGGUCUUCAGUAAAUCAUAUUGUCCUAAAAAUAAGUUCCCUAUAAGAUUCCCAUUUUACCUAGAAAACCAACAGCCUCAAAAUUGUGGCUAUCCUGGCUUUAAUCUCAAAUGCAAUAGCCAAGGAUACACAGUUCUUAAUCUUCCUUUUUCUGGGGAAUUUUUAGUCCAAACUAUCAGAUAUUCCAAUCCAGAAAUUAAACUCUACGACGCUGAUAAUUGCCUUGCGCGUCGAUUAAUGGACUUGAAUCUUUCUUCUUCUCCUUUCGAAGCUUAUGUGAUUGUGAAUUACACUAUCCUAAGUUGUCCGUCAGAGUAUCCAUUGACCUUCAGAUCACUCGUUGUUGAUUGCCUUAGCAAUUACACAACUGAUUUAUUAGCCUUUUAUGAUGGCUCAGAUUAUGAAAAAUAUAUGCCUGGGUGUAACGUUACUGCUAGAAAUUUCUCUAUAGCAUCGAAUGAUUUAAAAUAUUCAGAUUUGUUUGGUUUAAGCUUGACAUGGAGUGUGCCGAAUUGUACAACUUGUGAAGCAAAAUUUGAGUUGUGUGGAUUUGAAAACUACUCAACGAACCAAGAAAUUCGUUGUUUUGGUCGCCCCAAAUCAGGAAGCUCAGAGGGUCAGCCGAUUGCUAAAGUGAUUGCUUUGUCUGUGGCCAUUCCAAUCAGCCUUUUACUACUGUUAAUAUUUGGCUUAUCAUUGAGGAUAUAUUGUAAUAAAAGAAGGGAAGCCAGCAGCUGA